UGGUCGCGUGCAGCGCGUUAGCAGCGCUAUGCUAGCUGCCGAGCGGGACUACAGAGCUCCGGGUCGCGGACAGAGGUGGCUUGCGUUGACAGCGGCUGGUACUGAGCGAAGUAAAGGCGGCACAGAACACCGUCCGUCCGGGCUUCUUUUAGGGGUUUAACGUUUCCAAAAGUUGAUAUCUGCAAGUAUGCAGUCUGAGUCGGGAAUAGUUCCCGACUUCGAGGUGGGAGAGGAGUUCAAAGAAGAACCUAAAACGUAUUACGAAUUGAAGAGUCAACCCUUGAAAAACAGCGGCCCGGCGGAGCAGCACUGCUCCUCCAAACCGCCGCUGAGCUCCUCGGCCAUGACAUCACGCAUCCUGCUGCGGCAGCAGCUGAUGCGGGAGCAGCUUCAGGAGCAGGAGAGGCGGGAGCAGCAGAGACAACAGGCCUCCCAGUACCCACAGACCACGGUGGCCCAGACCCCCGCCAUCAAUGUCAGCGUCCCCGCCACGUUACCGCCUGCUGCCCAGGUGCCAAUGGAGGUGCUCAAGGUCCAGACUCACCUGGAGAACCCAACCAAGUACCACAUCCAGCGCUCUCAGCAGCAGCAGGUGAAGCAGUACCUGGGAAAGCUUGGCUCUCAGGUGUUGAGCUUUCCCUGCCACAACCAGUCCUCUGACCACGGGGGCAUGCCGCCAGGGCCGGGCAACAGCGCCCCCAACAGCCCCAUGGCCUUACUGACCCUCAACACCAACUGCGAGAAAGAGAUGGAUGAUGUCAUUGAUGACAUUAUUAGUCUGGAGUCCAGUUACAAUGAUGAUAUCCUCAGCCUGAUGGACCCAGGACUUCAGAUGGCUAACACGAUCCCCUUGAAUGCUAACCUCAUGGACAUGUAUGGUAAUCAGAGUAUAUCCCAGCAAGGUCUCCCCAUCAGCAACUCCUGCCCUGCCAACAUCAAAAGGGAAUACUCUGUUUCACAAUCCCCAGCCAUCAUGCAUAUGAUGGAUAAGUCUGGUUCCUGCGGCAAAUUUGACACCUAUCAAAGGCCUGAAGGGUUCCCUGUGGCAGAGGUAAGAGCAAUGGCAAAGGAAAGGCAGAAGAAGGAUAACCAUAAUUUGAUUGAGAGAAGACGACGGUUUAACAUCAAUGAUCGAAUUAAGGAACUGGGCACUUUGAUUCCUAAGUCCAAUGAUCCGGACAUGCGCUGGAACAAAGGUACCAUCCUGAAGGCAUCAGUGGACUACAUCAGGAAACUACAGCGGGAGCAGCAGAGGGCCAAGGACCUGGAGACACGCCAGAAGAAGCUUGAGCACGCCAAUCGACACCUGAUGUUGAGGAUACAGGAGCUGGAGAUGCAGGCGCGGGCUCACGGUCUGGUCAUCACGUCUUCAGCACUCUGCUCUGCUGAACUCGCGGCCCGGUCCAUUAAGCAGGAGACGGCUCUGGAGGACUGUCGCCAGGACCUGUACACGCUCCACCCCCAUCACCAACACCACACGUCCUGCACUCCAGAACCGCUCGGCACCUUGGAGCCAGAGGGUCACUACAGCAUCCACGGGAAGCCAGGCUCCAAACUCAACGACAUCCUCAUGGAAGACACCUUAUCACCGGUGAGAGGGGGAGACCCUUUGCUCUCGUCCGUCUCCCCAGACACCUCAAAGGACAGCAGUCGCAAGAGCAGCGUAAGCAUGGAUGAGAAUGAUCAGGCCUGUUAGCACCCCCUACUGGAAGACACCUCGCCUGCAUCUCCUACCGUCUCCAUCCUGCUCCAAGUGUUCCUUGUCUGUAGCUCACACACUCCCAGCUGCUGGAUAGGCCUGUCUCUGUUUGUGUCAUGUGUUUGUUGUGUUGUUGUAUUUUUUUCUUCCCCACCCGUGUUUACAUGUAUUGAAUCGUUUCCAUUCAUGUUUUUGCUUGUUUUUAAUGCAGAAUCUUUGGUCUUUUUAAACCCUCAACCUCAAUUUCAAGGACUGAUUAUGAAGUAGGUUUGCUUUAAUCAAUACUUUGAUGACAAUGAGUUGCAAAAAUAGAAGGUUUUUUUUUGUUUUUUUUGUUUUUUUAAAUGCAUUUAUCUUUGAAUAGAGGUUAAAUUGUGUUUAUUUCUAUUGAUUCCAAAGAAUCUAGGGAAGUUAGGAAUCCUGGUCAGAAAUGUAGGUUUUUGUGUUGAGUUGAACACUGCUUUUUAAAUCACUAGCAAUAAUAGAAGAAAUAAAAUCUAUUUAUUACUGUAGUGCUUUACACCUGUGUCUUAGAUUGAACUUGAAUGUGCCAAUGCCUUAUUAAGAUGUGUUCACAUCAAUGUUGUAUUGCUAUGCACAUUUUUUGGCUGUUAGCUGAGUCUCUGUCAGUCUUCCAGUUCAAAUUUCUUCUUCGACAAAUAAUCAUUUGUAAAUUUGAUCUUAUUUAUGUAUCUAUGUAAACAGGACUUUAUGUAAGCAUUUCUCUUUUGAAAAAGACAUUUUUAACAAGGCAUUUAAAAGAGCCUUAUUUUAAAAUAACUGACAUAAUAAAAAGCACAUCAAGCGUAGGAAGCUAAACCCUAACCCAAAAUAAAUCCCCAUUGAUCAUGGCUAAUUGUAGUCUUUUACUCAGUGUCACAAUGAGCAAGAAGCAGCACAACAAUCUAGAAA